AUGAGCUGGUUGAUGACGGUAGAUGUUUAUCCCAUGCCAACUCUUGAUAUAUUUGGUUCUAACAGCUGCGUUAUAGCCAUCGAAGCUGAUGAUCCGCUGGGCUCGACGACCGACCGUACACCGUUAACUGGAAACAUUUCGUCAUCUUCGGCUGCCGGAGGAGCUUCGCGAAAUCCCGUAUCCAGCUCAUACCUCACUUCAUCCAUACCCGGAGAGGACCGCCGUGCACCACAAAAUACAAUUGAUGAGUCUGUCUGGGAUACGCUCUCCCGGGAUCUCCUAGCAGUAUGGGAGAAGAUGAGACAAGUUCUUUGGCCACAAUACCUACUCGGUGGAAUGAUGAUGCGCGGAGGCGGAGGUAGUGGAGGAUCCGCGGAACGAGGAGAGGCAACAGGAUUUGGCAGCGAGAGUAUUGGGGCUCUGCGCGGACUCGUGAGCAGACUGCCAGAUGCAGAUGUUGUCCUGCAAGGUGGGAUGAGUGAAGGGCUUAGAAACUGGGAUCUUUGGUAUGGCUUUCUUGACCCCUUGAUCGCUUCGAUAUUACCUUUGGCUAACGUCCGGUGA